UCUGGCAAACGUCAUAUGCAGCCUGUUAUUGAGGAGAAUGCUGCUGACUUGCCUGUGGGUGAACUGUUGCAUAGAGCCAACAGAGGCAUCGUUCCUGGACCUGAUGAGCCCACGCUAAUAGAUGAUAUUGCUGUGAAUGAAAAAAAUGCUGAUCCCUGCACGGCCAACGAUUGCCUCUGGAACCAGUCUGGCGACGGCAAUAUCUGGAUACCUUAUGUCAUUGCCGACCACUACUCCUCCAGUGAGAAAGAGAUCAUUAAGCGUGGUCUGGACUCUUUCACUGAUAUCUCCUGUGUCCGUUUCUUCCCUCGUAACAAUGAGAGAGACUACAUCAGCAUUGAGUCCCGCAGUGGAUGCUAUUCAUAUGUUGGUCGUCAGGGUUACGGCCAGGUUCUGUCUCUGGCUCGAAGUGGCUGUAUUUACCACAGUACUAUCCAGCAUGAGCUGCUCCAUGCACUUGGCUUUAACCACGAGCAAACCCGCAGUGACCGCGACAGUUACAUUAAAAUUGUCUGGGAGAACAUCCUAGAAGACAAAAAACACAACUUUAACAAAAUCGACACCCUAAACCAGGGAACUUCCUAUGACUAUGGCUCUGUGAUGCAGUACGAGAGAUAUGCCUUCUCAAAGAAUGGCAAUCCCACUAUGGUCCCUAUUCCAAACAGCAAUGUUCAGCUGGGAGGAGCUACUCAGAUGAGCCAGAAUGACAUCAACAGACUUAACAGACUCUACAAUUGUAAAAGUAGACCUUAACAGCGCCCUCCACCCUGACAUGCACGAAGGAAAACAUACAGAAAAAAUCGAAACUGCCCUGUCUCUCUGAUGGGUGUUGUUUGUGCUUAAACGGCAUCACUUUAUCAGUUUGUAAUAAGUAAAAUAACACCUUAAUAAAGCUUUAAUGACAGAGAACAUCA